AUGUGGCGUAUAGCGCCACUGGUGAUGCGACUGCUGGUCGUAUCACUGGUGGCGCUCGUCUUUGCCGAGCCCGGCACUGGCAGCGGCACCACAACAGUAGUGCAGAUGCCCGACCACAGAAUGGACUUGCCGAUACGGCCUACAGCACCAAUGCCAAGAAGAAAUAAGCAGGGCCGCCGUCAACGUAAUCGACGACGCACCACUACAACGACAACUACCGUUAAGUCUUACGACGUAGACGAGUAUGAACCUACCACAUCAUUACCAACUACCACUGUAGAUCCACGCACGUACGAUCACACUGACAUCGGAAAGUGUGAAGUACCACUUGGUAUGGAAAAUGGGAUGAUUUCCAACGAGUCCCUGUCCGCUAGUUCCAGUUACGACCAAAGUGUAUCCCCGCUCAGUUCAAGGGUACGUACUGAAAUACGCGGUGGCGCUUGGUGCCCUAAUGGUUUAAUCACAUCCAGUAGCCGUCAAUACCUGGAAAUAGACCUGCACGACGAAUACUUAAUCUCCGCCACCGAGUCUCAAGGACGAUUUGCUAACUCGAUCGGAGUCGAAUUCGUGGAAAGCUACUUUGUGGAAUAUUGGCGUGCCGCUCUUAAGGGUUGGGUGAAAUACAAAGACUUUAAUGGAAGUCAUCUUAUCCCCGGCAACUAUAAUACAUACACACCUAAGAAGACAAACUUAGAAGCUCCGUUUAUUGCAUCCAAAGUACGAUUUUUCCCAUACGCUGCGCACCCUAGGACGACGUGCAUGAGAGUCGAGCUCUACGGCUGCCGCUGGAAACAGGCUAUUGUUGCAUACUCCGCACCUAAGGGCGGCGAUAUGCAGGCAAUGACUGGUGGAGCUCGAUUCGAAGAUCUAUCUUAUGAUGGUGCUAAGCAAGGAAGACGGAUGUUGAACGGGUUGGGUCAAAUUACCGAUUCACUUACUGGCCCGAAUGAUUUUGAAUUACCAGAUCCUAACGAUACCAGAGGUAGUCGCUGGGUUGGCUGGAACAAGUCGAUGCUGGUUGAUGAUGAAAUUGAAUUGACAUUUAACUUUACUGACACUAGGCUUUUGCAAUUUGUCGAUAUUCAUACUAAUAACAUGUUCACCAAAGAUGUGCAGCUCUUUAAAGAAGCUGAAGUAUACUUUUCAUUGGAAGGAGAGCGCUGGCAAGAAGACUAUAUAUCACACGAACCCAAACAAGACAAAGUAUCGGAGCACGCUCGGAUCGUGCAUAUCGACCUGGAAAACCGCACCGCAAAACAUGUCAUGAUGAAACUAAAGUUUCAACAUGAAUGGAUACUAAUUAGUGAAGUCACAUUUAAGUCUGAGCCUACGGUCGUUAACGCUUCUGUGGAGUUUUUGGAUGAGUAUUAUCGAACAGAUAUACCUCCAUCGUCGAGGAAGAAACGAGACUCCUCUUUAAGGAUCUCCGUAGGCUUUGCAUGCGGUGCUUUGGUAACAUGCGGCAUCGUCAUAGCAACAACGACAGUUGUACUUACGAAACGGAUUCGAAGAAGGAUCCCAAAUAUUCUCAAGAAACCAUUUUGCCCUUCUUUACGAAAUGGAAAUUCAAACGCUAGGAACAAUCGACGCUCUCCACGGCUCGCUCUAGCGCUAGCAAACUGUCCACCGCUCCAUAUGUUACGGCCAGCAGUCGUUGACGAAGAUUACAGAGAGCCUUAUAACAUAUGGAAAGAAACACUCGGGCGCCGUGACAAACGUGAUAACUCGGACCAGAACGAAUACAACGAAAUUUGCGAAGACACUGAGUUCCCGCGGCCAUAUAUGAUGAGGAGACCUAACCCGCACGAGAACUUUUACGCUUCUACGGAUAUUAUACACAAUACUUACCCCGAGGAACGCUACGGUCGCCGUGAGAGACCUGUGCCGGGUCUUUUCACCUCCAUCAAACUACCUGAAGCCGAGCCCCCAAACGGAGUGGCGCCCCUGCUAGAUUUUCCGCGGGGGCGCAUGCGACCAAUUACUUUCCUAGGCGAGGGCCGUCAUGGCAAUCUCCACAUAUGCGAGACAGACGGCAUCGAAGAGUUGAGCGACGAAGAGUCCCCGAGUACUGGCCGCCGCCGCCUUGUUGUUGUGAAAACGCUUUGGCGCGGAUGCCAUAACGAUAUCAAAGCGGCGUUUGCCCGCGAGGCUACAUGGGGCGCAGGCCUCAAGCACCCUCAACUUGCGAGGGUUCUUGGUUUGAGCCUGCUAGAACCCCCAUGCGCAGCACUCGAUCGCGGCGAUGCUGCACCACUUCCGACGAUCCUCAAAAUGGACAGGAAAUUGAAUUAUUCGAGUUUGAUUCACAUAUGCUGUCAGAUAGCAGCAGGCAUGAAGUAUCUGGAGUCAUUCGAGUUAAUACACCGAGAUCUCGCGGCACGCAAUGUUACAGUGACUGAAGAACUGAAUGUUAAGAUAUCCGACUACGCAAUGUUCUGUGAGGAGUUUACCGGCGAUUACCACAUCAUGGCGGACGGUUGUCGCUUCCCACUACGCUGGAUGGCCUGGGAGAGCUUACUGAUGGGAAUAUAUUCUCCAGCUAGUGAUGUCUGGUCAUUUGGAGUCACUAUGUGGGAAGUACUUACUUACUGCGCUGCUAAGCCUUUUGAAGAAAUGAAUGAUGACCAGGUGGUAAAGAAUGCCAACGAAUGGUGUCGCGGCGGACGCGCCGCUCGUGUCCCAGCCGUUCCAUCGCCGCGUUGCCGCCGCGAACUCUACGAUCUGAUGCAUGAAUGCUGGCGCCGUGAGCCAAAUCAGCGGCCUCGCUUCUACGAUCUCCAUCGCUUCUUAGAGCACAUGAUCCACGGCUACAAACCACCUCCCAAGCGUUAA